AAAUUAAAAUUAAAAAUGUAUUAUUUUAAAGUUGGCGCAUGUGUGAAUUUGUGACGAAUCACGUGACCCUUGGAUUCAGUACGGUUUGGUUCAGUUUAUUUGCGAACGUGGGCGCUGGUGUAUCACGGUUUUAACACACCAAGAAUAUAACAAUAAUUUAUUGAUAAAUCGCCAAUUAUUUUUUAUAACGGAAGAGUUUUAACGGUGUUUGUGAAACAAUUCGAUUUUUUCGGAUUCUUAGUGAAAAUUACUUCUCCACAAAACAAGGAAUCAAAGACAACAGAUCGUUGGGGAUUUUGCCAGAUUUGCAAACGUUCGCAACAAUGGAUAUUUCAAUAAAACCUUUGAAUAAAAAAGAAAAUUCAUUCAAAAAUGACUCCUCCUCAAUUACAUCAAUCGUUAUGCGGCGAUAACUUGCUCUUGCUCAAGUCGACGUCAACAACCACUAAUAAGGGUAGAAGACGUUCGCAGUGUUAUAGCGCAGCUUGGGCUGAGCCCCCUUCUAUAUUAAAAGAACGACGUCGGGCUAUAUGUUCUUGGUCGGUGGGUUACGGAACGUUGGAAACUACAACAACAGCAGGAUCACCACCCUUAUUAACUGAACGCUCCACUCUGAAGACUUCUCGGAGAAUCCGGGAGGAGAUUCUCCCUUUACCUCAUGCUGCCACUUCACCAGCGGCGGACAAGAAAACGACGACGUCCACCGAAAAUAAUAAGCGAGCUCGAAUCGAUUUCUUAACGAUGCCCGGUUUAAAAUCGUUGGUGAGACGAAGAAACAGUGGCGAAUCCGGAGACACAUCAUCCCCUUUAAUGAAGAAAGAAGGCAGUUGUGGAGCGUUAAUUAAACCUGCGGCAAGUUUAGCGAGUUUAAGAAAAUGUGAAACCGUAAUUGCUCUCACCGGGGUGUUGUCUUCGGGCUCAUCAACAUCGAGUGUUCAUGGAAGCAUGGAACGUUUACGUCCCGUGAAUCGGUUACGCGUUUCUCCCCAUAAUUCCACCAAUCGGCUGUGUUCGCGAUGUUCCAGUCUUUUAACGUUAGCCUCCAGUUCGAGGUACUCGUUAAAUGCCUCCACCGGGGGAUUCGUACAAGUUCCAGAUGAACCUCCGAUUCUUUGUAAACUUUGCCUCAGCGAGGUGCCUUUUAAGAAAAGUUUUGGAAUAUUGAGUUGUGGAUGUUCUUUUUGUUCCGAUUGUAUGCGGACUUACGUUGAGAUAGAAAUAGCAGAGGGAGCUUACGAUAUAUCGUGCCCAGACGCUCAAUGUCCACUACAAGGGGUAUUAAACCAAGAGGAAAUUCGUAAAUUAGUCGGUGAUGAUUUAUUGGUUAAACACAAAAAGUAUCGAUUGAAUCGAGAGAUUGAAAUCGACAAGAACCGUACGUGGUGUCCCCAAGCUGGUUGUGAAACGGUGUGCAAUGUGUGCCCUUCGCAAAGAUGUCAACCGCAAAGCGUGCAUUGCCCGACUUGUUCGUUGGAUUUUUGUAGUAAUUGUAAAUUGGAGUGGCACCAUGGGAUGUCGUGCGAUGAAAACAACAAGAAAUUGGCGAAACAGGGCAAAGUUGAAGAGGCGGGAAUUCCGUUCGAUUCGGAUCUAAUUAAAUGUUGUCCGAUGUGCAAUGUUCCUAUCGAAAAAGAUGAAGGCUGUGCACAGAUGAUGUGCAAAAGGUGUAAGCACGUGUUCUGUUGGUACUGUUUAGCUAGUUUAGAUGUAAGUACCAAAAAAUAUUUUCGUUUAUUAUUAACAACAUUAUCCAUAACUAAUCUAAAUCCUACCCUUCUUCCCAGCCCCUUCUUGUCUCCUUACAUCUUCCUGCUGCCACCACCUCUCAAGUUUUAUAUAUAAGAGGUUUUGUAGGUU